CACCAUAUUCCUCCGCUCUAUUGACACUUUACUGUAAUGGCGACCGAACUGUCCCGGUGCGCGUAAAAUAACAAUAUUGGAUUUACCUGUGUUUUUUUUCGUGUUUAAGAUUCGAAAAUAGUUGGAAAUAACAAAAUAUAUUUGACUUUAUAUGUUACUGACUUAUUAUCAACUACAGACAUGACAUUUGUCUUUGGAAUAAUCACAACAUAAACAAAACAUAACAAAUAUGGAUAAUGCGGAUUCAAGCCUGCCAGGUGGAAAUGCUCCGGCUCACUGGUAUGACACAUGGGACCGCCAAACAAGCCAGUCCUUCUCAAAUGCAGCAAAAGGACUCCGAAAUGCUCCUGGAGAAAACAACUGCUUUCUUAAUAGUGCCGUUCAGGUGUUCUGGCAUAUUGACGUAUUUAGACGUAGUUACAGAAGACUUUCGGGACAUCUCUGUAUGGGCCACUCUUGUAUCUUCUGUGCACUAAAGGUGAUAUUUACACAGUUUCAAUACAGUGACCAGGCUUCACUACAACCUAGUGCUUUAAGGAAAGCACUGGCUAAUACUUUCGCAAAACAAGAAAGAUUUCAGCUGGGCCAUAUGGACGAUGCAGCCGAGUGUUUCGAGAAUAUUUUGAAUCGGAUCCACUACCACAUUGCCAAUAGUUAUAACGAGGAUGCUUGUAACGCACCUCACUGUAUCUCUCAUCAAAAGUUUGCCAUGACUGUUUGUGAUCAGCUGGUUUGUCCAUGUGGAUCCCACUCAGAACCAUUGAAGUUUUUUGAAAUGGUCCAUUAUAUUUCUGCCAAUGCCCUUGUGUCCCAAUCUAGAACAAUGCAAGAAAGUGGGGACAUAUUACACCCUAGCAGGUUCGGGCUUCUCUUGAGAAAUGCUGGGGCUGUUGGAGACAUUAGAGAUUGCCCAAGUAACUGUGGUAAAAGAGUACAGAUAAGAAGAACACUUCUAAACAUUCCUGAUGUUGUGAGUAUAGGGCUAGUUUGGGGCUCGGACAAAGCGGAUCCCGAGCUGGCCGCAGAGGUGACACGGAAUAUUGGGACAACAAUACUUUACCCUGAUAUGUUCCAUUCUGUAAUGUGUAACGAUGGCAACCAGUUACCAAGGUUACAGUUGACAGCCGUUGUUUGUUACUAUGGAAAACAUUAUUCCACUUUUAUCUUCCAUACUAAACUACAAGAAUGGGUUUACUUUGAUGAUGCCACUGUGAGACAAGUUGGCAAAAAAUGGGAGCUAGUUGUUGAUCGUAUUGUUAAAAGCAGAUAUCAGCCCCUUUUGUUGAUUUACACAAACCCCAAUGCACAGUCUGUACCAACUGAAACAGCUCCUAGUACCAGGGUUAUGGCCCCUGGAUACUCUAUGACACAAGGAAAAGGUCAAGAAGAAAACAAAGGACAACCAACUUUACCUGAUAAAGCUCAGAUUGGUUCACUGAAUUCUAAAAGAGCUCCUGGUUUAAACAGAUCAGAUAGCAACCAGUCUGAGAAAGAACCUUUAGAAAGGACGUCAAGUUUUGAGAAUCGACGUCAGUCUAGUUUUAUGUUGGCAGUAACAAAGCAAAAAUAUAAAGAAGAACAAAUAUAUGCUGUGCCUCAUAACAAUAGUAAGGUUAUGAAUGCACAGAAAGAUAUUAGUCUGACUGACACAAGACCGGGGUAUGUAAAGCAGAGUUCUGUCCCUUACCUUGCUGAUAUUCCAGAUGGACCCGAGGAUCCAGAUAGCUACAAUUACACAUUGUCAAAUAGUGAUCAAUAUCGACGUCCAGGAAUGAACGUAAAUGAUCCAAAUAAACUUCCAUUGACACAAAAUUUCUCCAGAACAGCUGAACAGCAAAGAAAAGAUAGUUUUAAGAAAGGGAAAGGUAAAGUGGCUGGUGAUGUCAUUCGUUAUCAUGUCGAUGGUUCCAGGAGAUCUUCUCAGUCUUCUGAAUCAGAUAUGAACUCUUCACUCAGUGAAACAACAAAUGGAUCCAAUGUCUCUACUACUAAGCCAGCACUUCCAGUAAAACCCAAACCUGUGCAAACAAGAUCUCAGAGUGUUGAGGAGAACAUGUCAAACAUGGCAAACAUUUCUCAUAAAGUGAUUAAACCUCUUCCAACUAGUGCUCCAGUGUACGACAAUAAGGAUUCUGUAACACGCGCACACACUCCAGUUCAGUCUGGACUGGCUACACUUCCAAGGAGUAAGAAGUCUGGCAAUAUGCCAAGCAGCAAUAGUAAUUCAUCUAUACCAUCACAGUCAUCAUCAUCAUCACUGUCAUCAAUGUCACAUACUCAACCACGAGCAGGAUCUCAGCCAUUGGCAGCUUCAAAUCAGCAAUAUCCAUAUGAUGGCCCUCCACCACCUUACAGCAUUCAUGCAAAUCAUCAAGUUCAGCAAGGUUAUCAGAGUUGUCUAACUUACCAGAACAUUGUAGACAAUGAUAUGCAUUCUCGUCAAAGUUCAAACAGCAGUAUUUUAAGUUCAGGAACAGUUGUUGAGUGCCCAGUCAAUGAGACUGAUUCUCAUACCAGACAGAUGUCUUCAGCCAGUCAGGAUACACUUACAGAUAAACCUAAAGAACAAAAAAGCAAAAGCAAGAAAAAGGAUGAUAAAAAGAAAGAUGAACAUAAACAAAAGAAAGAGGAAAAGAAAGUUAAGAGUAAGAAAGAGAAAAGAGAAAAGUCUUCAUUAUCAGACAAACCCCCUGUACCAGAGAAGAAGCCGACAGAUGAAGGGUUCUCAGAGGAGAAAUAUUAUAUAGACCGGAGGAUGGUAGAGAGUGUUCUCAGUGCCCAGAAGCUACAGCGGUCAGGCUCUUGUGUUAGCCAGACCAGCACAAGCAGUAUAGAGUCCGAUACCUAUAACAGAGGUAGAAUUGUGACUCCCAAAGAUAAUUUGUCAACAGAAAUACCUUUUGAUGCAGCCUCCCUGGACUCACACAAAGACUCUGGGUAUGCCAGCAGUGACAGGAAUAGUUCGAGCUCUACUGGCAGUAUCACUAUGAACCCAUAUGAACAGUACUUUCUAUCUCGAAGUAUGAUUCCACCCAAAACUAUUAAUCAACAAAACAUUGCUGAGAACAUGAGAAAACUGAUGGAUACUGGUCCAGGUAUGACUGGCUUAGAGUACACUCAAGAAAAAGAUCUCAAAUCCUUGGUAAUGAGCCCAAAUGAGUAUUAUAGUCAGAGCCAAACAGUAGGUCAUUGCCAACAAAUGAACCCAAACUACUCAAAAGCAGUAGGGAUUGAUGCAAUUAGUGGAAGGGGCAAGCCAUGUCUACCUACCCAGAUGACCCCUAAAGUUCAAGGACCUCUUUAUCAAGGUCAAGGACAACAUGGGUUAGACGGAACAAAUGAUAAAGGUAUGCCCCAGAAUAUUCCAGAACCUGGCAGUCAACCUAUGAGCAAAAUGCCCCAAACAUUUCGUGAAGGUAAUGAACAAUUUAUAGCACUGUGUCAGAAGGCGGAAGAGUUUAUGGAUGGCUGUGUUCUGGCAGAGACCUCGGAACAUUACGGUGAUGCAUUAGGCUAUUGUCAGCAGGCAAUAGAUAAUCUCAAUACAGCCAUGAAGUUGCCAAAACUCGGCCAGUCUUUAUAUAUCACUGCGCAGAAAAAACACAACUCUUGUGUUAUCAAGUUUCGAAGUCUUCAGAAAAGAUUGAUGGCUCGUCAAGAAUCUAACAUGUCAUCUAAUAGCAGUGAUAGUGGAAUCAAUCAGGAUUACAGGAAUCGCAAUGGGCAUUUUGGACAACAGAAGUCUCAGGCUAAUGGGAGCAAGCCACCAUCUAGGUCAAGUUCCCAGAACUCCAUGGACAGUAUGAGUAGUUCUGGCCGUAGUACGACUCCCGUGUUUGACAAGGUGAUGAGACCGUCCACAAGUGAACGAGUUCCUCCUGUUGAACCUCACAUGCCACCUGAAUACCACACUGGGUACAAGGAUAGGAGUUUUGAAACAAAUAUACCCGACACAAAUACAAACAAUGCUGAUCUCUAUGGAACACUUCCCCGGCGGAAGACUCAAAAAUCACAAGAACAUGUCAGACAGUGCAAUAAUCAAAAACAUGAGGCUGAGGUUUAUAAUGAUUUUCUAGAAAAUCAGAGACGUCAAAGUGGCAACCACAGUCGGACAAAUUCUGGAGCUAGAACUCCAGUAAAUGACUUUAAUCCUAGUGAUUAUCAACAUUUCUCAUAUCCACAAGGACAGUUUAUGUCUAAUAAUACCUUUAAUAGAAACAGUGGUGAUAAUUCUAUGGGGGUGAACUUCGGUCACAGUACCAAACCUAUUCCUGUUGUACCACCAAAAAUAGGGAACCAGUCACAACAUACUGAGGUUUGUAACCAGUCUAGACAAUAUGGACUUCCUGUAUCUACAAGAGAGCCAGUCUGGUUUAAAUCAACCAGUCAGACUGCAAGCAGUGAGCAUGGUUACUAUGACUACAUGAGCAAUGCCAGUUAUAACAAAAAUGGUGAUUUCUUCAAAAAUCCACCUGUAGUUAGAACUGGCUUAUAUGGCACUUUGCCUAGCCAUGUAAAAACCAGUAAAAUACCUGCUAGUAACCCAGUUGCAUCCCUAACCUCCAUACAGACUGCUUAUUCCACACAGCUACCAGUCAAAAGUGCAAAUCUCUGUGAACCAGUAGCUUCAGCUGUGCAGUAUGGCAGCACAGAUCGCUACUGGUCGAGGGAGAAACGCAGACAGCUAGAUCGCAGUGCUUCUUUUUCACAUCCUGCUAGGCCUUCUGAAUAUAAAGUAACGCAAACUAGAGCAGAUGAGAAUAAAUUUAGCGGUAAAUGCGGGUUAGUGACCUCUAAAUCUAGUGGCACAAGCCAGCCAGACUUGCGGAAAUUAUGUGAAGAGUCAGUACCUGUACCACAACGUCCAUUAACACCACAGGUGUUAUGUCCGGAUACUAGUGAAGGUGACGAACAUCAGCCAGUCAGCGUACGUGCUCUAACUUCGAGGUUUGAAUCUGCAAAGGUCACUACCGAUGGUAAUAGGACAGAUAGUCAAACUGUACAUAGUGUUCAAAAUAUGGUCAAUAAUCAGCAUUCACAAUUAGGUAUUGUCAAUAGUGUUCCCAUAGAUCCACGCGAAACUGCACGUGUACCAUUACAAAGGCAGCGCAGUAAAUCCGAGUCAGAAUCUCUUUCUGAACAACCGCCCAGACCAAAAUCUGCUCUUUCCAAAAGAAGUAAGAAUAGUGAUAAAUUGAACAAACCUCGCAAAUCUGUAACAUUUUCUGCAGACAUUUGUCUGGUUUCUGCAGUAGACGGCAACUUUGGAACUCUGGGUAAUGGGAACCAGAUGACAUUUAGUGGGUACCAGAGUGAUGAUAGGUUAUCAUCACAGAUCUCAUGUAGGAAAGGUAACGAGGACACAGACAGUUCAACAAGUAACUCACCUGUAGAGGUGAUAGGUGAGGGAGCCUGUACAUUGUGUCAUAAACUAGGUGUUGAGCUAGGAUCUAGUUACUGUGCCAAGUGUACAUUUUAUAUGAGUAGAUUUACUCCACGGUAACACAUUGUUUUGUCAAUGUCUAGUGAUAUGUUUUAAUAUUUGUCCAAUUAUAUUUUUGUACAAUUAGUGGACAGGGAAAAUUGAUGUGCAAAUUUCAUAUCUUGGUACAUAUCAUGCAUUUUCGUAUUUUCAAUACUAAAACCAUAACAGAUUUUAACACUAUCAUUUUAAUCUGUUUGUGAGAGUUUUUAUCAAACUUUUUAAGUUAAAAAUUUAAGUUUAGAUUUUACUAAUGUCUCAUAUUUUACCACAGUGUAAAAUUCUUUACUGCCAUAAUUUUGUUACAGUUAACUUACAUGUACAUAUUAUUGUUUUUUGUUGUUUUUCUUUUUUUAUCUUUGUGUCUAAGAUUAAGCUGAAGUGACAUUAUGCUCAUUUUUUAAUUGUCAAGUUGGGCCGAAUUGACUAUAUAUUUCAAAAGAUCGAAUGAUACUGAAAAAAGUUUAGGAAAAAACAUAAAUCUGCCUAAAAUAUAAAAAAUUCUAUCCCGUUUUAUAAAUGUUCAAUUAUAGGUAAAUUCCGAUCGAUAUUUAUAGAAAUUUGUUUAGGCCACGUAAAUUAUUCAUUGUUGAUGCAAAGUAAAUUAUAACAUAACAUUAGGAAUUAUUAAGAAAUUCAACUUUUUUCUUUCUUUCACCUGUUUAAUCACUAUAUACAUGGACAUAAUGUCACUUAAAGAGGCUUUUGACCAGAUUUUUUUUGAUUUUUUCAUUAGGUUAAGGAAACAAGUUAGAGGAUGCAUUUGUUAUGUAGGUUUUAUUCUCCGCAGCAUUGUUUGAUGUUUUUAUUUGUUAUAAAUUAUUUCCAUGUUUAACAUUCAUCAUUAGAUCAAACAUUCCAUAUAGUAUAUUUGUUCAGGAAAACAAACAAUGUGUUCAGUAUAUAUUUAAAAAAAUCCCUUCUCUAUGUAUUUAUACAUAUCAUAAUUUAUAUAAUGUUAAUGUUGUGUUUUUCAGCUAAGAUUGCAUUUGAUGCACAAGGCUUGCUUGUCAAAAAGAUCAAGUACAAAAAUUUAAAAGGUUUUUCUUAUGCAUGAGAUAAUAUUUUGAUUAUUAUCAUUGCACAGAAUAUUGCAAAUUAUCCAUAUAAUUUACAAUUUUUGUGUAAAUGACUGAAGAAAAAUGUGUAUCUCUUGUAGGUGAAAAGGUGUUUUUAUGAGAGUAUUUUUCACAGAAAUUGUAAUAAAUGAACUUUUUACAAUUUAUGUGUAAAUUACAACAAUAAAAGAUACUGUUUUACUGACAAGAAAAAUCUUUUGAAUUUCCAUGCAGCCUUGUACAGAAGUGGCAUUUUGAAGAUUGCAAUAUUUCAUCAUUUUUUAUUUGGCAAAUAGUGCUAGUCACUGGUGUAAAAUUUCAUUGGUUUAUUUUUGAUAAAAAAUCAUUAGGCAUGGAUUUUAAUAAAUUCAUUUUAUCAUUUUUUUCUUUAACUUGAAAUCCAUUCUUUAAUGAAGUUUUCUUGUUGAAUCUACAUAUUCUACAAGGAAGAACAUUCAUUUUAUUGCAAUUUUAGUUUAUAUUGUAAGAUAUUUUAAAAGAAAAAGUCUUCUUUUUUUUAAGUUACCUUACAACAUAUUGUAUACAGCAUUUAAAUUGAUGUUAUUGGUAUUUGCCUUAAAUCUUGUACAUAAUGAAUAUUGUCUGUGAUAAAUUGGAUCAAAUAUUUACAUGUGUAUUUGUCUGUGUUAACACAAUGUAUAUACAUGUAUGUAUAUAUUGAAACUUUCAUGUGUACAGAUGUCUGGAAACACAAAUUUAUGUAUAUUUUAAAUAAACUGUUAACUAUGUGCAUAAACUUAUGAUUAGAGGUCAUAUUUAUAUAUGAACGUGUUACACUUGUGUUAGAAACAUGUUAUGAAUGUUUAUGAAUAUUUUAAAAAUUUUGCCUUAAUAUUUUUAAGAUUAUUUUCUGGGCCUUAUCUGUUUAUUUUAAAAGUCUGCCUUAAACAAAACAGGAAUUUGUUGUUACAUUUAUACAUUUAUGUUCCAAGUCUGCCUUGUUAGGUAUAUUUGUUGCUGAUUAAUGCUUAUUAGAUGUCAAGGCAAAGUUUUUAAAUUGUUGAUCAAUUUUAAAGGCCUUCUUAUAGAAGGGUGUUUCUUUUCUAUUAAUGAAAUAAAAUUAAAUGUUUUCUAUUAAUGAAAUAAAAUUAAGUAUGCAAAGAAAAUUUAGACUUGAAUGUUAAUAAAUGUUGUUUUAAGAUUUUGUUCAAGAGUGUUGUAAGUGAAAGUUGACCAUCCAAAUUGACAGGCAAAAAUGUUCAUAAGAAAACUAAUAUUAGUAAGUAAUCAUUCGAAUUACUCAAAUAUUAA